AUGGCCGCGCCGCCGCCAGGCCCCGUCCGCAGCGACCAGCGGGGUCCGCACCGGAGCCACGCGCCGCGAGCCGGGGGCCGGGGCUCUGCGCAGGCGCGGCGCGCGGCCCCGCCCUCCGGACGACGGAAGCCGCGAGGGCCGGGCCGCGCGCCGCCCUCGGAUUGGCCGGGAGCACCGCCGCCCCGGCUCGCGGCGCGCCGGGCUACGGCGGCCCCACGCGGACACCCUUGCCGGAGGGGGCGUGCGCGAGCCCCGGCGGCGCUGGCUCCGCCCGGCGCGGCGGAGGCCCGAGGCCCACCGCACCGCCGACCGGGAGUCCGGCCGCGGAGCCGGGCAGGCGGCGGGGCGCGGGAGGCCUCAGCCGGCGUGGGGAGAGCGGGGUCGCCUCCUCGGGCGAGGCGGAGGGCUCUUCGGCUUUGUGUCGGUGCCCUUCGAUCCCAGCUGCUCUCUGCUGAGCCACUUUGCCCUCUCCAGAAGAGCUCAGUCACCGAGGGUCUCCAGAAGAGCUCAGUCACCGAGGGUCUCCAGAAGAGCUCAGUCACCGAGGGUCUCCAGAAGAGCUCAGGCACCGAGGGUCUCCAGAAGAGCUCAGGCACCGAGGGUCUCCAGAAGAGCUCAGUCACCGAGGGUCUCCAGAAGAGCUCAGGCACCGAGGGUCUCCAGAAGAGCUCAGGCACCGAGGGUCUCCAGAAGAGCUCAGGCACCGAGGGUCUCCAGAAGAGCUCAGUCACCGAGGGUCUCCAGAAGAGCUCAGGCACCGAGGGUCUCCAGAAGAGCUCAGGCACCGAGGGUCUCCAGAAGAGCUCAGGCACCGAGGGUCUCCAGAAGAGCUCAGUCACCGAGGGUCUCCAGAAGAGCUCAGUCACCGAGGGUCUCCAGAAGAGCUCAGUCACCGAGGGUCUCCAGAAGAGCUCAGGCACCGAGGGUCUCCAGAAGAGCUCAGUCACCGAGGGUCUCCAGAAGAGCUCAGGCACCGAGGGUCUCCAGAAGAGCUCAGGCACCGAGGGUCUCCAGAAGAGCUCAGUCACCGAGGGUCUCCAGAAGAGCUCAGUCACCGAGGGUCUCCAGAAGAGCUCAGGCACCGAGGGUCUCCAGAAGAGCUCAGGCACCGAGGGUCUCCAGAAGAGCUCAGUCACCGAGGGUCUCCAGAAGAGCUCAGGCACCGAGGGUCUCCAGAAGAGCUCAGGCACCGAGGGUCUCCAGAAGAGCUCAGUCACCGAGGGUCUCCAGGAAAGCUCCCUAAAGAACCUGUUGGUUCUGAUCUCCUUUGUAAUUGCCACAGCCCAUCUGCAGACCUGCUUUCAACCCUGACCAGCUCAGCAGAAAGGAAGGCUGUCUAUCCCUGCCUCCUCCCCGG